AUGAAAGUCCUCAGCUAUGUUUUAGUUUAUCGCAAGUUUUUCCUCAUAGUUUUCACUCUGUUGAUUUUACUGCCAUUGCCAAUCAUCCUUCGCACCAAGGAAGCAGAAUGUGCCUACACCCUCUUUGUCGUUGCCAUAUUUUGGCUUACAGAAGCUUUGCCUCUGUCAGUAACAGCUUUACUGCCCGGCUUAAUGUUUCCGUUGUUUGGGAUCAUGCCUUCUAAGAAUGUGGCAUCUGCUUAUUUCAAAGAUUUUCAUCUACUGCUAAUUGGAGUCAUCUGUUUAGCAACAUCAAUAGAAAAAUGGAAUUUGCACAAAAGGAUUGCUCUGAGAAUGGUGAUGACAGUGGGUGUGAACCCAGCAUGGCUGACAUUGGGGUUCAUGAGCAGUACCGCCUUUUUAUCUAUGUGGCUUAGCAACACCUCAACUGCUGCCAUGGUGAUGCCCAUCGUGGAGGCUGUGGCACAGCAGAUCAUCAGUGCUGAAGCAGAGGUCGAGGCCACUCAGAUGACUUAUUUCAGUGGAUCAACCAACCAUGGACUGGAAAUUGAUGAAAGUGUUAAUGGACAUGAACCAAACGAGAAGAAAGAUAAAACAAUACCAGUUCCAGGAUACAGUAAUGAUGCAGGGAAAAAUUCAAGCAAUACGGAGCUGGAAAAGAAUUCAGCCACAGGAACCAAGUAUCGAACAAAGAAGGACCACAUGAUGUGUAAACUUAUGUGCUUGUGUAUUGCUUACUCUUCUACCAUUGGUGGGCUGACAACGAUCACUGGUACUUCCACCAACUUGAUCUUCGCUGAGCAUUUCAAUAUGCGCUACCCUGAAUGCCGUUGCAUUAACUUUGGAUCCUGGUUUAUGCUUUCCUUCCCGGCAGCUAUUAUCAUUCUCCUCUUGUCCUGGAUCUGGCUUCAAUGGCUUUUCCUAGGAUUCGAUUUUAAGGAGAUGUUCAAAUGUGGCAAGACCAAAACAGUCAAACAAAAAGCUUGUGCUGAGGUGAUUAAACAAGAAUACCAAAAACUUGGGCCAAUAAGGUAUCAGGAAAUUGUGACCUUGGUCCUCUUCAUUUUAAUGGCUCUGCUGUGGUUUAGCCGAGAUCCUGGGUUUGUUCCUGGUUGGUCUGCGCUUUUUUCCAAGUACCCUGGUUUUGCUACAGAUUCAACUGUUGCCUUACUUAUAGGACUCCUAUUCUUUCUUAUCCCAGCUAAGAGAUUGACUAAAACCACACCUACAGGAGAAAUUGUUGCUUUUGAUUACUCUCCGCUGAUUACUUGGAAAGAAUUCCAGUCAUUUAUGCCCUGGGACAUAGCCAUUCUUGUUGGUGGAGGGUUUGCCUUGGCAGAUGGCUGUGAGGAAUCAGGACUAUCCAAGUGGAUAGGAAAUAAAUUAUCUCCUCUAGGUUCAUUACCAGUAUGGCUAAUAAUUCUGAUAUCAUCUUUGCUUGUCACAUCUUUAACAGAGGUAGCCAGCAAUCCAGCUACUAUUACCCUUCUUCUCCCGAUACUGUCUCCAUUGGCUGAAGCCAUUCAAGUGAACCCUCUUUAUAUUUUGAUACCUUCUACUCUGUGUACUUCAUUUGCAUUCCUCCUACCAGUAGCAAAUCCACCCAAUGCUAUUGUUUUUUCCUACGGCCAUCUAAAAGUAAUUGACAUGGUGAAAGCUGGACUUGGCGUUAAUAUUGUGGGUGUUGCUGUGGUGAUGCUCGGCAUGUCCACCUGGAUUACGACUCUGUUUGACCUCUCUACUUACCCUUCGUGGGCUCCUGCAAUUAGUAAUGAGACCAUGCCCUGACAAGCAUGAAUGGUAAUAACUGGUGGUGAGUUUUGAGAACCGUUGAGAAUUCACUGCAGAUUCGGCUUUGGAAAAUUGAAAACACCUUUAAAUUAGCCUUGAUGUAGCUGCUGUGUUUCCAGUAAACACUCAAAACCUGCUGGCAUAACCCAGAGUUCACACCGAAGCAUCUAUGUGCCUUUAUCAAGAAGCCCACAGCUGAGAUUUUGCUCGUGGAUCCUAUGCAUCCUGCUUCAACAUAAGAGUAACUUAUAACACGACCAUCAAAGAGAUUAGGUGAUUUAUUUCAUUUUACAGUUUGGGUUUGGUGUAACAGUUCAAACGUCAAUUUAUUAUUUCAGGAACUUCCCACAAAGCCAGAAAUAGGAAAUAAA